AUGGCAUCCACAACAUUACGUGCAGUCACGCAUCGCUUGACAACGACUCGAGUGGACCAACUGCCCUCUAUCACUGCAUUCCUUGCAACUUCGCUGAGCGAUUGCUCCGACCUUCUCUCAGCACCACAGGGCCAGAAGGCUGGCAAGGGGGACUCGGAUCAUGCUGUUCAAAUCCACAAAUUGAAGACUCGUCUUGCAAGUCUUUUGCAAGACCGCACUGUUGAGGGACGCUGGACUGCCGUCGUGCUAGCCAAGGCCACUGUUGAAGCGGGACAAUGGGAAAUCCUACGAGGAUACGAGCCAAUCGUUCGUGGGUUGAUCGGCAUCCUUGCGAAACCCGACCCGCUGUCCACACGAAAAAUGUGUAUCAUUACCUUGACUCGCAUUUUUCACCUCACAUACCAAUACCCGACACUUGUUCGCGAGAUCACGACUCCACAUCUCCCAGGGUUUGUGACGGCGGUCCUUAAUUUGGUCUCGACUCUGGUCAAGACCGCGUCUGGAUCUGUCCGGAAGUCCAAGCCCAACAACCCUUUCACGGAACUUGCACUACAUGCCAUACUCGAGUUAAUUCCCCGGCAUCCUACAAUUUUUCGUCCAUUUGGCACCCAAUUGUCGUCUCUUCUUGCCGAAAUUUUGAGCUCUUCUGCGCACGUCUUUUUUCCCGAGUCAGUCCAGGAAGUGGCAGUGCAGGUAUUCGCGUCCCUCUACCGAUGCGCCCCCAAAGACAAAUCAGGCGCGGAGUGGAUUGAUAGGUGCAAAUCGACUGUACUUUCUGCUCAUAGAGCAGCUGACCAUGUAUUCCGCGCCGUUUCAGAGCAGUGGGAGUCAGUGGAUCCCAGUGUGGUCCACACGAAGCAGCACUACAGCGAUGAAGCGGGAGACUCAAGCACCGAUGCCCUCGGUUUCCAGGGCUGGUCUGGUAUACAUUCCGGAGUCAAUAGACUGAUCACCCUGCUUCGUGUGCUUUCCGAGAUCAUAUCGAUACCAGCGGCUGCCACUGUGCCCAUUCCACUGGGAUCCAUCCUGGACCUGACGUCUCGAUUGGCCUCUGUAACUGUUCCCAGUUCCGAGGCCAAUCAAAGUGGUGUUCAGUUCAACUCCCAAAUCAGCCGGGAUGAAAGAGAGAUUCUAUGGGCCGAGUUGCCUCGAAUCCACGUGGCCUGCAUGAACCUCCUUAAAGACGUCGUGUGUCUGCUGGAGAGUAGCACAGCCUCAAUCUCGCAGAACAUCGUGGAUCAAGUGACAUGGAUCUUCAAAAGUGAAAGAUACUCGCGAGACGUUCGCACUGCUUCAUACAAACUGCUUUCGUCAGUGGUCAGAGUCAAUGGACCUGCUAUGGCGAAGCAAACGGUGGCCUCCACCAUGGGUAUAAUUCGGUCUUCCUGCAAUGAUGUUCUGCCUGAGUAUGAGGACCAGAAUGCGUCCGGAAAAUCGCAAAGUGACUCCAAAUCGAAGAAUAAGGGGGGCACGGGCACAGCGAAUGCGGACUCAUUCCUGGACCCAGAGCUUAGGAAGAAGCAGCAACUAAAAGCUGGCCCACAAUUUCCUCACCUUCAAGCUGCCGCUUCUGCGUUUUUGCGUGAUGUUCUCGCAAGCAUUUCUCCGCAGUUACUCUCGCCCUCUGUCCGCGCGGAAGUUGAUCGUACGAUCAUUCUGACGUCCGACAAGAAGGCUAUGCUUGCAAGUGUCUUGAACCCCAUCCCAGCCGCGAAGGGUCGAGGAGCCGGUUCCAGCCUGAUACCUUUCUUGGUCCGAGAUUACUCUGAUGAGAUGGCGGUCGAGGCUCUUGUUCGUCCUAGAAUGCCUGUCAUAAUGACCGCGCCUGAACUUGAUGCCUAUGUGGAGAUGGAGGAAGACGAGGAAGCUGAGGAGAUUGCCGAUCAACCGGUUCUUGCCAAUCCGCAGGCGUCAACUUUCAUGACUGAAAUGGCUAUGCCCACUCGUGCGCCAACGACCGAAGCUUCCGUAGCCACUUCAGUACAAAAACGUACAUACUUCGAAGAGACCGCUGCAGGAGUGCAAUCAUCGACUUUGGAACAGCAAUCUGCCCAGAUCAAGAAGCCUCGCAUUGACGCACAGGAAGACACCCCUGCCAGUGUCCCGGUCUUCCAACCUUCAAAAAUUGCAGCUACCAUGGUUCCCAAGCAGGUCCCGGCUGUUUCUCAACCGGCAGCGCCUCAACCAGUAUCAGAAGCGGUCGACGUUGUGACGCUUUCAGUCGACGAUAGCGACGACGAAUUGCCUGCCUUGAAUAUCGAUCCAGAUACGGACGAUGAGGAUGAGGACGAUGAUGAGGACAUGGCGAUAGAUGGUUGA